AUUAAGCCCCCCCUAUAUAAAUUAGCCAGUGACACUGAGACAUGCCAAAGAGUCUACUGAUUUCCAGGGCAGCUAGCUAGUGAGUGAGGCAGUGACUGAGCAGCAGUGCAGCACACUCUAGCUAGCUAGCUUAGCUGAAGACGCAAAACAUGGGCAACAGCCUGAGAUGCUGCCUGGCCUGCGUCCUCCCCUGCGGCUCCUUCGACGUGGUCCGCAUCGUCCACCUCAACGGCCACAUCGAGGAGUACGCGCGCCCGGUCACCGCCGGCGAGGUCGUCGCCGCGCACCCGAGCCACGUCCUGAGCCGGCCGUGCUCCCAGGGCGGCGCGCGGCGGAUCUUGAUCGUUUCGCCCGAGUCUGAGCUCAAGCGCGGGUGCUUCUACUUCCUCGUGCCGGCCUCGUCGGUGCCGGAGAAGAAGAUCAAGAGGAAGCCGUCGUCGUCGUCGGCCCCGCCGCGCCCGCGGCCGCAGCAGAAGAAGGCGCCACGGCCGCCGCCGACGCCGGAGACGUCCGUGCUGGCCCGUGAUGCGACCGUUGCGGCGAAGAACGGCGGCGACAGCUACCUGGCGGAGGUGCUGGCGGAGGGCAAGGCCACCGGCUGCAAGCGCCGCCGGAGCGUCCGCGCGGCGGUGUGGCGGCCGCACCUCCAGAUCAUCGCGGAAGAAGAAGACGCCGCCCAUGAGUGACACCUGCUCGUGCUGCUGCUGCUACUUUUUUUUUUUUAGUUUUCUUUUUUUCUGUACAUACACGGAUGAUUACUGUAGUUUUGUGCACGGUGCACAGACCGUGCACGCACGACGGAAGAUCGAACGGCGCUGCAUGGCCCUGAUCGUUGUGGCGGGCGAUUUCGGCCGUUCGAUCACCGAGUUUUGGGUGAGAGACGAUCGAUGAUCUCCCUCUUUGCCCCUCUCGUGCUGUUCUUUCUGAUUAGUUUUUCACCCUGACCGCUGCAAGAUGCAACUGCUCUCAAAGCAGAGGUAAUUGGGAGAAUUUGGGUGAUUUAUACUGGUAACCAAGUGUCAGAUCAGGAGGAACAACAAAAGUGAGCGGGGGAAAUCAAUGUCGUGUAAUGUAAACUGAACGGAGCCAUGUACUCUGGAGUGUCAAGUCUCAGGGCAGGGCAGAAUUGGUUCGUCAGAUUGAAACAAAACAUGCAGAGUUUUCCGCCGCUUCUUUA